AUGGCACAAAUGCGCUCGCAGGUCCACUUGGCCAUAAGCGCAGCCCCCGACAUUGAUCGUGUCAUCGAAGAGACCAGGCGUACGCCAUUUACGGACAGAAUCGCAAAGCAACGACUCCGCGACAUGGGUAAGCUACGCCUUCCCGAAUAUGCCGGAACGUCGGAUCCGAGAGCUCAUCUAAGAGCAUUUCGGCUCGCAAUCACGCGCGCCUACCUCACAGAUGAAGAAAGCGAAGCAGGCUACUGCCGAUACUUUGCCGAAAAUCUAGUAGGUCCCACGUUGGAGUGGUUCGCAAGUUUAGAAGCGAGCUCCAUCGAUAGCUUUGAUCAGCUCGCCGCCGCCUUCCUCAAACAGUAUUCGGUCUUUUUCCAGACCAGAACAACGGAAUUGGAUCUAUGGCUCCUGGUACAAGCUAGGGAUCAACCUCUUCGCGAGUACAUAUCCAAAUUCCGAGAGACCAAGGCGCGCAUCGCUAACUUGAAUGACGAAGUGGCACUAGCAGCAUUACGUCACGGCCUUUGGUACACAUCAAAGUUCCGCGAAGAGCUAACCAAGAAGAACGAGCAGCCAAAAGCCCCUUUUCUCGGACCUAGGAAGGGACCCAAGAAAGACUCUUUUGAGCCUGGGCAACACAAUUACGCGGUAGAAGCCACCACAAGAAGCAGAAGCCCAAACUUCGACCCCGAGAAAUUUUGCAAAUUUCAUAAGGUCAGAGGCCACUCCACGGAAGAAUGUCGAAGCGUAGGGCGCCUCCUCGCCAAAAAACACGAAGCUGGAGAGUUUGGCGAUAUCGACCUUGAGUUAGAAGGGGAGAAAGCCAGAGAGGCCGGUCCGGCGGGAACCACCACUACGGCCAAAAGGGACCGAACCAUCGAAGAAGAGGGUUCUCCACCUCCUGCUCCUAAGAAAAGGAUCGACCUUGUCUUCGCCAAUCUCAGACUCUGCCAGAGCAAUACCAAUUCCGUCACCACGCCGCCGCCCGCACCUCGAAAGAACCGCAAUCUUCGAUCCCGCCUACCAAGCAUUUGCACCGAACCAGAAACGGUCAAGCGGGUGGACUACAUCACAGGGGGCUCUUCUCUCUGUCGUAACUCGAUCAAUUUGAUCAAAGCCUAUCAACGCCGACUACGAAAUCACCUUAGAGAAAGGAAACCCCGGUCAGACCCCGACUACGAAAUCACCUUUUGGGAAAGUGAGACCUACGAUCUCGAUAAGCCACACGAUGAUGCUCUGGUCGUCCGCCUCGACGUAGGCAGAUGCGAGCUAUCAAGGAUUAUGAUCGAAACUGGCAGCUACGUGGAUCUCUUAUUCUACGAGGCAUAUAAGCAGAUGGGAUAUCCUGACUCCGAGUUGAGAGGCGCCCGUACUCCACUAACCGGGUUCGCUGGCGACACAACCUUAGCAAAAGGGACCGUACAACUCAUCGUUGAAGCACGAGGAGUACGGAAACUAGUCGACUUUGUGGUCGUAGAACCGUUUAACGCAAUCCUCGGUCGACCCUGGCUAUACGAAAUGAAGGCCGUACCAUCAACGUACCACCAAUGCGUCAAAUUCCCAGCUCGCGGUGGAAUCGCAACCAUUUUCGGAAGCCAACGCACAUCACGAAAAUGUUAUAUGGGCGGAUAUGAAAUCAUCAAUAAAUCCCCCCAAUAG